CCUGGGAACAACAGAGAAGGUCCUCUAAUAUAUUCCUACUAGGUGUAACUGUGGGUGCUUCCAGACAGCGUCAAAAUGUGGAACAAAUAAGUGGGACAAAAAUUGCGGGACUUGUAGCACAUUUUAGAAAUCCACAAGAAGGAUGGGGGACAUCCAGCAGAAGUUUACCUUUUUUAUAUAUUGACACUCCGAGAUGCACUGGACCUCAUAAAUGUAGCAACAAAUAGCCAUUGUUAAUUGCUGCUUUGCAUAAUUGUUAAUUGCUAAUUUGCUAACUGUUAAUUGUUCAGUCAAAUUGAGUUCUUUGAUUGCAUAGCAUAACUCUGUUGUUCAUUGAGGUAAUGCCAGAGAAGGGAGGAGGGAAGGUCAGUGAGUGAGAAAGCCAGUUCCCUAGCAACAGGAACAAAGAGGCAUUCAAAUCAAGGUUAACUUCUGCCUGAGAGAGAAGUGACCAGAUAAGAUAAGGCCUGCCUCUAGUUGCAAGUUGUGAAGACAGUAGCUUUACUGAAUUUUCAGCGCAUGUGCUCAGAUGGCACAGGGAUGGAGCAGAGGUGGGGCGAGAGGGAAAUAUGCAGGUCAGAGGGGAGUGUCCAGGGGCGAGGCCGUGCAACCGGUUACUACUGUGAGGGAUACGAAGGAGGAGACAUACCAACCAACCGACCAGCCUGACAGCGUGCGACCAGGGCCAUCUGUUCAGGCUUUACCAGCGGCGGUAGCAGCUCCACCUGCGCCUGUGGUCUUGACCCAAGGGCAGGGGAUUGGCAAUCCCACUGCAUCAGUAGUUUCAUUGGCGCAUAGACAGAGGGUCCUGAUUUGCGGCCAUAGCUACGUCCACUGGGCGGAACACCGGGCUCACCGUACUCCCUACGGCCAACAUUUGGGCCUUGCCUCUUCUGCUAAAAUCGAGUGGAGGGGUAGUAGAGGCUUAAGGUGGGAUGGCUUGAUCCCCCUGCUGUUCUGUGCCGGGAGCGGGCCUCCUCCCGAGGUCUUGGUCAUUCACCUGGGGGGAAAUGACCUAGGCCUGCUCCAGGGCAGGGCCUUGUUUUUUCAGGCCAGAGAGGAUUUCAAGCAGAUAUGGGGUGCUUGGCCCCAUACCCAUAUUAUUUGGUCAGCGAUAAUCCCACAUCUAAAGUGGCCUGGUGGGGGAGACAUGCAGAAACUGGAGAGAGCAAGAAAAUGAGUUAACAGGGCUAUUCGUUCCUCAUUGACCCGUGAGGGCGGGUCAGUUAUUUCACACAAUGUUAUCAUUCAUGAUAUGGAGCACUUUUACUGGUCGGAUGGAGUUCAUCUAUCAGUUGAGGGCAACUUUCAAUUCCUGUUUGACUUGCUGGUAGGAAUUAGAGAGGCGUUAGAGAAUUUGGUGGGGGUUGGGGACUAGAUAGACAUCUGCCCCCAAUGGUAGUGGAAAAUGGAUAGGGGAAUUUACAAUCUAGGGUAUACCUAGGGCACCAUCCCCUUUGGGUUGAACGACAGCAGAAAAAACACUCAUCUGGUAUUCAUCUUUAACAGGUGAGGUGAAGUUAAAGGCCCUUGGUAUGCUAGGAGUUUGGCCUCAACAACGUUGAGGGAGGCUUCUCUGACACGCUCCGCUUAAAGGUUGCUCAGGUGCAGGCCAACCGGGAACGAGGUUUUUCGCCCUUAUCAGCCCACGGGGAGAUCACAUAAGGACAAUACCUUGGAUGGGGUUUGCUCCUACCAGAUUCUCUAUUAGAAUAGGGUUAUAUUCAGUUCCAAAGUUAUAUAGGUAACAGUUAAUAAAGUUGCCCAUAUUUAAACCCAUUUUACUGGUGUCGUCUUGUUAUUUUGGGGGUUGGCAGGCAAAAGCCUGUUACUUCACUGGGGUCAACAUUGGGAUUUACUUUGCCUUGUGUUUUUUGGAUUUUACAACCUUGUACCUUGUGAUUUAUUCCUGUAUCCUGGAAGUGGUGGACUAUUGCUGAUGUUUUGAAGAAACCUUUUGGGACUUUACCUUUUAAUCCUUUUUAUUGCUUGCUUUUAUAUAUAUUAUUCAAUAAACUGCUUGCUGAUAUA